UUAAUCAUAUCGAGAGCGUGACUGAACGAGACCUAGCUAUUUUACCAGCCAGCGGGGACGGUGGGUACUGCACUCCUAUCUCAUCGUCUUAUUUCCGUUUCUUCAUUUCAUUGCUUCUUCUCUCAUCUUUCUUCUUUCUUCUUCUUCUUCUUCUCCUCCUUUUUCAGCUCAGAUAUACAUACAUACAUACAUACGCGCACAGAAACAAGAGAAAUAAUAAUGGGGAAUUGCCAGGCGGUGGACGCUGCAGCGCUGGUUAUACAGCAUCCCAGUGGUAGACUGGAAAGGAUGUAUUGGCCGGUGACGGCGAGUGAGGUGAUGAAGCUUAACCCAGGCCACUACGUUUCUCUCAUUAUACCGCUGCCGAUCGCCGCCGGCGAGGAGAAUUCCGACGAGAGGGCGGUACGGUUUACCCGCGUCAAGCUUCUCCGCCCCACUGAUACCUUAGUUCUGGGCAGAGCUUACCGGCUGGUCACCAAUCAAGAGGUGAUGAAGGUUCUGAGAGCCAAAAAGAACGCGAAGAUGAAGAUGAAGAAGAAGGUUUGUGAGAAUCUGCAGGGGGAUUCAGAGAAACAGCAGGUUUUGGAAGAUGGAAACUCAGAGCCUGAGAAGAACAAUCAAGAUACAAGAUAUCGGCAGAGAUCUGGGCAGCCAAUUGCAAGGACUAAAUCAUGGCGGCCAUCGUUGCAGAGCAUUUCAGAAUCUGUGAGCUGAUGAAGAACAAGAAAUUAGUUCUGAAUUUCUGAUGCUGAAUGCAACCGUGCAGCUCGAGAUCCAUCCGGGUGAUGUUUGAGUAAUAAUACAUCUGUAUAGUUCAAAAACAAGAAAUCAUACCAGUUACUGGGUUCCACAGUUUUCCUGAUUCUAGUUUGAGCAGAAAAUCAGAAAUGUACUUACAAAAUGAAGAUCAGUGUUGAUAGUAAGUUGAUGCAUAAAUGCAAUCAAGAAGUGAUCAUUGCUA